GCGACAGACGGUCGCUCACCGCCGCGGCAGUCGCACGCAGACCCGCGCCGCGCCGCGACAUCUGCCUCAGGCUGUCUUGUCGCACAACAAUACUACACUAUAACAUACUAGAUAUACUACACUACACAGUGUUACCGACUUUUAUAUCAUUGAGGGGGAGAGCAGUUCCACUAUGAUCAAAACGACCCUGUACCAGCUGAAUCCUGUCCGCCUGAUAGAGGAGAUCAAGAAGCGGCCAGGCCUGUACCGGACGGACCAGCCGGCGGACAGGGAGGAGAAGCUGCAGCUGUGGAAGGAGGUCGGAGCUUCCAUCUACGAUGACUGGGACACCUUCAACAAGGCGACGGCCUACGACAGAGUUCUCCAGUUGCAGCGCAAGUGGCGCUCCCUCCGCGACGCUUACAACCGGGAGCUUCGAGCCCGGAGAGCAGCCCCGCGCGGGAACAGGCGCGUCUACAUAUACUUCAAACGAAUGAGCUUCCUGGGAGGCUUCGACGGAGACGUUAGCAACGACGAGGAUCGCGAUGGCAACCAAGUGAUAUUCAGCAACCAGCCGACGGAGGACCCUUUGUUUGGGGAAGUCAGCAAGAAGAGGAAGAGGCGGAAGAGAAGAAAGUGUAGCUCAGACAGCGAGCACGAACCCAAGGAGCUGGAGAUGCAGGUGUUCCCGGUCGAGAUGGCUGACGAGGGGGACAGUGACAAGUUGUUCCUACUGUCUUUCCUGACGGAGAUGAAGCAGCUGCCGGCGAACAUCAAGAUGUGGGCGAGGGCACAGAUCGCCAACGUGAUGCAGGAGGCCGUCAGCAGUCAGUACGGGAACACCACACCCGGGGACAGGGUGCAUGCCAUCAAACCCAGGAGAGAGAGCUCCGACUGACUGUACUAAGGACUACACUAUGUUUCAGCAUUCCGCUUUAUAUUUAGACGAUUUGUUACUUUAUAAAGUUUAGUAAUUGUAAGUUCCAACAUUAUAGUUUUAUAAUUUAUUUCAAUAAAUAUGAAUCUGUUAUAAA